AAUUUUUAUAUUUCAUAAUUCUUAUUUUUUUAUUAAAAAAAACAUGUCUUUAGAAGAAUACACAUCUUUAGUUUCUUCAUUUAAAGACAUUUAUAAUAAUGCAAGUCCUCAUCUUCGCCAGUUAAUAAUUGAUACAUUAUUUAUUGAAUCAUCACCUGUUGAUAUAUGGUAUAUCCAUCAAAAAUUUAUAAAUAAAAAACCAUAUUAUUUUGAUAUUCUUGGUCAUUUACCUUAUGAGCUUCUAGAAAUGGUCUUUAAAUACCUGGAUAUAGAGGAUAUUAUAGUAUUUUCAAUGGUCUGCAGACGAUGGAAUACUCUUAUUUCAUGCAAUUUAGUUGCAAAGAUGCUAAUAAAUGUUUAUUUUAAUGGACAAACUAUAAAAGAUACAAAUAAUGAUUGGUAUUCACUUUUUCAAAAAUUUGCAAAAAAAUACAUAAGAAUGAAGAAAGGAGAGCUUAAAUCAUUUAAUAUACUUUAUCCUUAUAACAAGGUAACAUCUAGUUCGCUUUAUACUCGAUUAUAUGAUAAUCAUCUUGUACUUUAUAACCAUUCAAUAACAGAAAGUUUUAAUAAAGGGAUUACUUUAUAUUGCCUAAGGCCUGGUAUCAGCCAGAAAGAUGCAAUAUAUAUUUCUACUGAAAGUUAUGGAGGAAUGUUGAAUGUUUCCUUGGAUUCUUAUAUUAUUGUAGGUGUUAAUUAUUUUGGUGUAUUUUAUAUAUGGUCACUUCAUACUCUGGAAUUAAUAGAUACAUUUAAACUAGGAAGCUCUGAUGUAGCAUCUAUGACUUGUUGUAAUAAUAAUAUAUGUAUCAAUACAUUUAGUCAGGUUUUAAGUGUCUGGAACUUAAAAUUCAAAAAGUUUAUGUUCUAUAAGACUUUAGAACAAAUAGACCCUAAUUUAUCAAAAAAGUGUAAUGUUAUAAUUAUUGAAUUUUUAAAAAGAAAUAACGAAUUGAUUCUUUGUAUUGAAAACAUGACUUCAAAUAACGAAAUUUCAUAUUAUCAAUAUAGAAUUUAUGUUUUGUCGCCAGAUUGUGGACGUAUAUUGCGAUAUGGAAGUUUGAUGAAUAAAAAUAUGCCAUUUAAAACUAAUAUUAUCAACGAGGACGAGCUAAUGAUCUUUUAUGAGCUUAAUAGUGGUCAAUAUUUAAAGAUGGAUCUAAAAACUAUGCAUGCUGUUAGAUGUUUAUUCCAUAAAAAUCAUAUUCAAGAACUUGAUUAUCUUGUUUAUCUUCAAAAUUCAUUCAUUAUUAAAAAUCUAAAAUCGAUAGAUAACUCUUCAGAUAAUGGUCUAUAUGUUGAAAAGUGUGAUCCUGAAACAGGGCUUCUUUUAUCUAAAAAUAAAAUUUUAGGAAGUGAAAAUAUAAUUUAUAGUCAAUCUUGUUUAAAAAACAAAGAUUCAUUACAAGGAAACAAUGAUUGGAUCGUGUACAAUCAUCAAAACAAGGUUUUUUUAUGGGAACUUUGAUAUCUUGAAUACUUAUGCUUAAUAACUAUAAAAUGCUUAAGUUUAA